AUGCCUAUGCAAGAGCACCAGUAUGCCCUGAGUGAAAAUGACAGGAGUAAAGCAUUUAUUUGGUACCUAUUCAUCCAUCAGUUAGCAGGGAUAACGAUAGAUGAGGCAGCCAAGAUUAUAGCGCCAUACUUUCAAAUUUUUGUGACCGUUGUCCCGAGGAUCUUUGGUGUUAAACAAUGCACGGCCAUCAUCGGAAUCUGUGGUCGAGUGUUUUGUCGAAGAUUUGGAUAUAUGAUGAAGCAUAGACCCAAUUCAACGAUUAUUCAUGUUGAGAGUUAUGAGGGAUACCGCAGGCCUCCUGCUUGCAGCGCCAUGCUGAGCUCGUCCAACUUAACGAUCAGAGACCUUAACACACAGCCAUCUGUUCGGUGA